AAAAUAUUUAACAAAUUAUUUAUGUCAAAGAUGAAGAUGGCUGAUGGUUCUACAAUUUUGCGGAGAAAUAGGCCCGGAACAAAAGCUAAAGAUUUCUGUCGUUGGCCAGAUGAGCCCUUCGAGGAAAUGGACAGUACCCUUGCGGUACAACAAUAUAUACAGCAGCUCAUCCGCCGCGAUCCUAAUAACAUAGAUUUAAUAUUGAAAAUGCCCGAAUCUCAAGAUGAAGGGGUGUGGAAGUACGAGCAUUUAAGGCAAUUUUGUAUGGAGCUCAACGGGCUAGCGGUGAGAUUGCAAGGCGAAUGCCAUCCGGAGACAUGUACACAAAUGACUGCCACCGAGCAAUGGAUAUUCCUUUGUGCUGCACACAAAACACCGAAAGAGUGCCCGGCAAUCGAUUACACAAGGCACACUCUAGACGGCGCCGCCUGUUUACUGAACAGCAAUAAAUAUUUUCCAAGUCGCGUUAGUAUUAAAGAAUCAUCAGUAGCGAAGCUAGGAUCAGUAUGCAGAAGGGUGUAUCGAAUUUUCUCCCAUGCUUACUUUCAUCAUAGAUCGAUUUUCGACGAGUUCGAAACUGAGACGUGCUUGUGCAAACGAUUCACUCAGUUUGUUACUAAGUAUAAUUUGAUGUCGAAGGAUAAUCUUAUUGUACCAAUCUUGGAAGAGGAAAACACUCCCGGCGAAUCAGAAGCGUAAUUUCUUUGAAGUGUAUCUCUAUUAUAAAAUACUCGUUUUUAUAUAUUUUUUUCUUGAACAAAAUCAGAUGAUUUGUAAUAAUUAUUUACAUAAACAUUAUGAUACACUAUACAGGGUGAGUCGUAAGUUGUGUACAAUAUUAUACGUUGAAUAUGGGACAGUAAAUCUAAAAUUUCGAAAAUUAUAAAUUUUUGGAUUAUGUAUCUUGCGUUAACAUGAUCUGAAAAAUUUAACACAACCUAUUGUAUCUAUAGUUUGUCCUGUAUAUAGUAAUGAAAGCGAAUUUCGGUAUUUCCUAUGUCUACAUGAAAACAAUUAAAUGUAUAGAAAAGGUAGUAAAUAUAGAAAUAUUGUGAUUGUAAGAAUAUUGACCACAAUUUAGUGGUUUGUUCGUGUAAUUUUACUAGUUACUAAUGAAAUGUAUAAGAUUUCAUAUGGCUUUGUUUAGAUUAUCCAUAUUUUGAUUAAUGAAAACGCUUGUUUAUAAAUCAUAGAAGCGGUAGAUAAAUAAUUAAGAAAAUUUCAGAACGUAUUUUUCUAUUUCACGUACUUUUAUUAUUUUCUAUCCUCAACUUAGCAUUAUAAGCAAUAUUCAUUGUUCAUUUCAACUAGUUUUUAUUUAAUAUGUAUUGUAUUUAAUACUUGCUCAGGUUGUUCAUAAUCAGGAUUGUUAUUGGAAUAAGGCUACCUAUUAUGAAACGAUAUAAAUAACACAAGAAUACCUUAUAGUAACAUUAGAAUGUACAUAAAAUAAUUGUUUAUUAAUCUGAUUACAUUCUAGUAUUAUUGGUAGUUAUUCGAAACAUCUGUUGGUUCUAAGGCUGUAUUGACCUUAAAUUAUUAUAUUUGAAGAACUAUUCUCGGUGUUUUAGAAAAUCGAUCCAGUGACAUGUAUUUGUAAUUUUCCAAUUUUCCAAUUUUCUACGCAAGGUCUAUUUCUUUAGUUACAUUUUUAUUUAUCUGAAUUUCGAAUUAGUGUCGUUUACAAAAUGUAAAAUCAGAAUUGUCCAAUAAAUUAGUAUUAAGUAGUCUUACCUCUUUGCUAACUUAUUUACUCCAAAAUUAUCUACGUUUGAUUUUGAAUUCAGUACAAGAUAUGUGAGUGAUAAGCCCUAA